CAGGAGCGGAGAGCUGGACAUCAGCUUUCAGACGUACAGUAGAGGUUUUUAUUUAUCUUAGGAGCUCAAUGAUGCCGGAUUUGCAGAUGUCCGCUUGAUUUGGAGCGACUGUGUGAUGUGUGUGUGUAGUGAGUGUGUGUGUAUGUAGUGUGUGUGUGUGUGUGUGCUUGUGUGUUUGUGGUGAGAAAUGGAGGCGAAGAGGAGCGCGGCGGUGGAGAGAAGGAACCUCCUCACCGUCUGCAGGUUUUCGGUGAAGACGCUGCUGGAGAAGUACACGGCCGAACCUAUAGAUGACUCAUCUGAGGAGUUCAUCAACUUUGCCGCAAUCCUCGAACACAUCCUCAGCCACCGCUUUAAAGGUUCAGGCAGCUGGUUCGAUGGCCAGCGUAGUUUCUGGGACUUCAUUCGUCUGGCCUGCAGCAAACUCCAGAACAACUGCAUCAGCAGCAUCGAGAACAUGGAGAACAUUAACUCGUCUAGAGCAAAGGGCAGAGCUUGGAUAAGAGUGGCGCUGAUGGAGAAGCGUCUGUCCGAAUAUAUCGCAACGGCAUUGAGAGACAGCCGCACCACGAGGAGGUUCUAUGAUGAAGGUGCCAUCAUGUUAAGAGAAGAAGCCUCUGUGCUGACUGGUAUGCUGAUAGGACUCGGAGCAAUCGACUUCAGUUUCUGUCUGAAAGGAGAGGCUCUGGACGGUAAAUCCGAGGCUGUGAUUGACUAUACUCCGUACCUAAAGUUCACACAAAGCUAUGACUACCUGAGCGAUGACGACGACUGCCGCAGCGUGGACAGCAGUAAUAGCGACGACAGUGUCCCCGAGCACCCCUACAUUCCUCUGGUUACGGAUGAAGAGAGCUGGAGCAACAAGUGCCGCAGAAUGGAGCAGAGGUUCAAGAUCGUCAAUGCCCAGAAGGGUUAUCUGGAAGAGCUGGUGCGUCUGCGGGAGUCCCAGCUGAAGAAUCUGGAGACAGAGAAUAAACGGCUGAGUUCCAGACUGGAGGAGCUCCAGCUUCAGAGCCAUCAGGAGAAGAGAGAGCUGGAAGGCAUUAUACUGGAAUUACAGGAGCAGCUGACGCGUCUGAUUCCUGGUGAAUCCCACCCUUUGUCCAAGGACAUGUCAAUCCCUCUGGUUAACCAGUGGCCAUCGCUUCAUACCUACAACAACCAGGAGGACAGCAAACUGUACCGCAGGGGGAGCUUCCCCAGCCCCGAGCCUCUCUCAGCACAUAUCAGCCUGGACUCUGAUUCCCAGAAGACCGAGGGGAAGCAGAACGGUCGGCCUUGGUGUGCAGCAGAUAAAGACUACACUCCCUCCAUGCUGGGCCUGUGUGGGUCUUUGGCCUCGCUGCCCAGCUGCAAGUCCCUGCCCAGCUUGAGGUCCACAGAGUGCCUGGUCAACAUUAGCGCCGAGCCCAGCCCUGCGCUCACUCCCAGCUAGGGGGUGCUAAUGAGUCCAUUCUCACCAACUAACACAUUCUAUCAGCAAAGGCAUCCAAAGACUAUGGCUAAGCACCGUACCCUGAUUUUGUGACAUGUCCAAAUCUGCUCUGUCUUCUCCUCUUUCAGUGUCUUUGCUCUCUGCUUGAAGAAACUAAAAGCAGCAGUACAGUUGACAUUGGGUUUGAUGGCUCGUAGAUGCUUAGGGCUAGUGGUCAGGGGCUAUUUUGUAGUGAGAUGAGCUAACAGUUGGGUCAUGCCUGCCUUAUUUCCAGACGGGCAGAUCAGCAUCGCCUUUCUCCGAUGUGGCUGUUUGUCGCUGUAAUGUGCACCGCGUGCGUCUCUGAAUGUCUUUGCUGUCCAGUUUCCCUCAUCUUGUGCUCCUUCCAGCUGCCUGGACUGCAGACUAUGCACUGACUGACCUAAUCCUGGCCAACCAGCACCUACUGUGUUACUUCCCUUUAAGAAAUUGAUGAGAACGCAGUCAUGCAGAUGCACACACACUAUAUGCACACAGGCAUACACAUACAGACACGUAAUGGUCAGUCAGCAUCUGUACUCCUAAGCAACUCCCUUCAUGUCACCCAAAAGACAGAACCUUCAGAACGUCAAGAAAACCUCACUUGGUUCCUCCGUCAAAACUGCAUGCAAGCAUAGGCACAAGGAGGUUCCGGGUUCUAUCCACAUGCCUGACCCGACUUUUUACUGUACACUUGCACCAUCACCUCAAGAGCCGUAAUACAAAUAGACGGGACAGCUGCGGUACUGCCUUUUCCUUUUCUUCAGAUCCCUCCCCAUGUCAACAGGUCAACUGCCAAAAGACAGCCAUUGCGGUGGCAAUGGUAAACCAUGUAAACGAGGGAAAUAUAUAUACAUAUAUAUAUAUAUAUAAACACUGACCGGCCACUUCAUUAAGUAUACCUCUUUGUUUCUACACUCU